GAUGUAGUAUAUUUAAUAAUGAUGACUGCAAUCAAAUUGUUACGAAUAGUAUUAUGAUAUUGAAAAGAAAGUAUACGAUAUAGUCGAUCGUAAUUAAACUCGAUGAUAAAUUAUCCAAUCAUUUCCCUAUGUCGAGUCUGUCUAUCGUAGAACAAAUUUUCUAGGAUACCUUCAACUCUAUGCAUAUGUACGUAUGUGCAAAAGAAACACACUAUAUUUAUAGCUAGAGAUAAAUAUACAUCUUGGCGUUAUUCCAAAUUAUCAUACGUACGGGUCUGAAGCGAGUAACGGCCUAACCCUCGUAAUAGCAGCAGCGUGUUAGUGCUAUUAGUGACGUCUAUCGACAUUACAAUUGUCGUAAAAAAAGAAAAGAAAAGAAAAAGGAAAAAGAAACAAUAAAAAGUGAGUGAAAAAGUAAAAAGUUAAAAGAUGUAAAAAAUCUACGGAACAUACGUGUUAUCGAUAGAAAAACAUUUUGAACGAGUGCAUUCUUCACAGUGAUCGAUCAAAUUAUUAUAUCCUUGUCUAAUAUAUUCGUUUAAUAUGAAAUUAGAAGAUUCUUUUCUAUUUUGUAUUCUGGAAAUGGAGGAUGUGCUCGUGAACAUCGCGUUCAAGUAUUCUUAACAACGUUUAGGACAAAUUUAAUCUCACCCGUCUGCUGGUACAAUUUGGGUGAACAUCGAUCAAGUACUUAAAUUAUACUCUGAUCGCUCAAAUCCAUUGUUCUUCGAGCUAUCGAACGAUCUCAUUAGCUGUUAGAAAUCGUAAAAGGCUGAUAGAUAUACAUAUCUGGCGCCCGAUGUGACGCUUUUCCAAGAUAUGCUCUACCGGAAAUCAUCGAGAUUUUCGAUUUUCAACCUCGUAAAUUUAUCACAUAACGCGUUUAUGGUGGUACGAAAUUUAUUAUAAUUUUUCAUUGACACAUCGUAUAUAUAAUAUCAUUAUCGUUUUUACUCACUGAUGCGCACUUGUAUGUAUAUAUUAACUAUACAUCAAACUAUAAAACGGACUAUAUACUUGUUUAUACUAUUUGUACCUAAUAUUUCAUACAUACUAUAUACGUUUAUGUUCAAACUAAUGAUUCAUCUUAUAUGUUUGAAUAGCAUGAAAUCAGUGAUUCAAGUAAAUUAUCGAUCACCUUUUUUAGGUAAAUAAGCCAUCUACUGUGACAUCUUAUUAGACGAGCAUAUUCAAACAUUUUUUUGUUUCGUUACAACAGCCCUUUUUCUCUGAGCAUGCACGUAUCUCAUAAAUGCACAUCCAUAAGCAAGUGUCGAUUUAACACACAUCGUUUCACGCACGCGACUCAAAAUAUGACAAUAAGAAUAUUUGUAUGUUGCGUUGCAGGAAAUUUAUACGUGUAAAACAACAAUUUUGUGAAAUUAUUUGCAACGAUAAGUUAUCUUUUAUUUUUAUUAUACGUAGAAUGCAUCACAUGUAUUCCUCGAAAAAAGGAGACCCCCUUUGCCCCCUUGGUUUUCAUCCCCAAGUGCGAUGGCCGACCCGUUGUAAAAGAUGCUUCAGAGAUUAUAAGGAGCAUGGGGGCAAGAAAGAUAAUUUGAGAGACAUUACAUCGUCGUCACCUAGUCUAUCAUUUGACCAAUUUUCAAACAGAUCUGCUGAAAAUGGAAAGCGCGGUUGGUCCUCGGCAACAAAUUUGGCAAAGGAUGACUCUAAAGGAAACUCGGAGUCAUCGUACGCAUCAGCCGGUUGGACUUCGCUCAUGGAUCUCUCGGCUAUCGACAACGAAGAAGAGAGAUUAGAAGAUAGGAGGCCUACUAAAUUACAGAUUAAGGAAGUGAUAGAUAACAGCAAUGAAAGCGCUUCAGAAAAUGAUGUUGAAUUCAUAAUUCAGGUGAAGAAGUCGAAGAUUGGUUCUUCGAAAAACAGGGAAAAGAAUGGAGAAAGACGAAUGGAAAACGAAGAAUGGACGGAAAAAAGCGAGGUAGAACAAUUGAGAACCCAAAUAAGAGAAUUGCAAUCACGAUGCGAGAGAUUGGAAAAGGAGAAAAGCGAAAUUUUGAUGAGGCGAUUGUCGACCAUGGAAAGUAUAUCGAGCAAAGCUUCGCCAAAUGAAAUACAGAAAUUGCAAAAGAAAAAUGAAGCGCUCGUACAAGAAAAGAACAAUUUAUUGACCAAGAUAAGAGAGCUUGAAAAAGAAGCGAAUUCAAAGAUGUUCAGAGGAGAACGAGAUCGUGAAAAGGAUGAAUUACGUUCGAAAUUGAAAGCCGCGGAAAAUUUAUGCGAGAAUUUAAUGGAUGAAAAUGAAGAUAUGAAGAAGGAAAUUCGUCAAUUGGAGGAAGAGAUAUACGAAUUGCAAGAUACUUUUAGGGACGAACAAGCAGACGAGCAAGUUCGUUUGCGAAAAAGUUUGGAACAAUCGAAUAAGAAUUGUCGAAUCUUGUCAUUUAAGCUGAGAAAAGUUGAACGAAAAGUGGAGGAAUUAGAGAGUGAAAAAUCUACCCUGGAACAAAAAUAUGAAGAGGUGAAAAAAAUUGAAGAAAUGUUGCAGAAAAUAAAAGACGAGUUUCAAAAUAGAACUCUGAAGAAAGCAACAGAAUUUACAACCAAAGUACAACUGAAAAAAAUGGUAGACGAAAUGGAAAAAGAAAUAGGAGAUAUGAUGACUAUAUUUAAAAAUAUUUCUGAUGGAAAAGAUGUGAACAUUCAAGAUAUUAAAUUGAAGGAUAAUCAUGUAAAAUAUGAGAAACUUUUAAAGGAGCACGAAUCGCUAAAGGAGAAAUUUGAUUCUAUUGUGAAAGAGUUAUCAGAUGAGAAAGAAAAGAAGAAAAUGCAAACGAGUGGUAAGAUCGAGGAUAAAAGUACAGAUUUGCAGAAUUUGAAAAAAAAAUUGGACGAAGCUAUAACAUUGAGAGAAAACGAAAGAAAGGCAUGGGACCAGGACAAAACAGCAUUGUUAGAGGAAAAAGAGAAGCUAAAAUCGAAACUCCUCUCUUUAUCUGCGGAAAAACUUAAAGUAUACAAUGAAACUGUACAAUUAAAAAAGGAUUUAGAAACGGUUAAAUCGUCGGAAAAUGAAAUGACAAAGAUGGAAAAAACAAUAACUGAGUUGAAGAAAGAAUUAAAUCAGGAACGAGAAAAAUCGAAAAAGAUGCAAGAUGAUUUAUCAACAUAUACGGAACGGGAAUCGAAAAUGACACAAUCAAUGAAAUCAAUAGAACAAACGAAAACCAAACUUGAUACUGAAGUAAAACGUUUAAAGAAGGAAUUGGAAACCACAACGUCAUUAAAUUCCAUGAAAAUGAAUGAUUUAACUACAAAGAUUUCAGAAUUAAAGAAAGAAAAAGAGAAAUUGUUAUCUGAAAUUGAUCAAGAGAAACAAUCGAAUGAGACCGAAGUAUCUACUUUGAAAAAGAAAAUUAAUUCAUUGGAAAAAACAGGAUUGAAUGCGAAACGGAUGAAUGAAAUGAAGCAAACAUAUAAUGAAAAGAUUUUGAUGACUUAUAUUUUAGAUUUGGAGAAUAAGAUAAAAAAAGGCGAAUCAGAGUAUGACAAUUUGAACAGAAAAUACAAUGAAUUGACGAAUUUGAAAAACCAGUUCGAAUCGGAUAACGAAUCACUGAAUAGUAAAUUACGAGAACAAAAUACGGAGUUGACAAGUAUUCGCAAAGAAUUAGAAUUAUUGAGACAAUCCAUAAAAUUAAAAGAAAGUGAAUGGCGAUCGGAGAAAUCAACUCUAGAAAAUCGUAUAAGGGAAAGUGAAUUGCCAAACAAAGCUUUGAUAACAGAUUUAAAUAAUGAUAUAAGCAAUUUGAAAAAGGAAAAUAAUACAUUAGUAACUCGAUUAGAAGAUUUAAGAAAAGCGAACGAUGAUCUCUCUAACAAGCUAAAAGAUUACGAAGCAGUAUCAAAGAUCCAUCAAGUUUUAACACCGGACACUACAGCCUUGGAGUCGGAAAUACGAAAAUUGAAAAAUGCCCUUGAAAACAUGGAAAAGGCGAAGAAAGCUGAUUUAGCUCAAUGUAAAAUGCGUUACGAACAUAGGAUCACUGCUAUUAACGAUGAAAUUCAAGCUAUUCAAAAUCAAUUAUCUAGAUACAAACGCGAGCGUGAUACGUACAAACAUAUGUUGGAAGGUGCUCAAAAAACUAUUGCAGAAUUAAAAUCAGCCAAGGGUAAACAAUCGAAUGCAUCUUCCGGAAAAUCUGAUGAGGAAGAGGAAAUGUCUGGUGUCAACGCAUUGGUUCUGGAAAGGCAAAUUAAUAGUUUGGAGGAUGAACUUUCAGAAACAAGAUUAGAGGCAUCUAGAUUAAAAGCCGAAUUAGUGUCAGAAAAAUCAGCAAGUCACGUUAAAGUGUCUGAAUUGCAAUCGCGAAUUAACGAGCUUGAAGAAGAGAGAGUGCUUUCUAGUGGUAGAACAAAGAUUCCAGGAUUAAAAGUUCGAAUGGAGUUAGCAUGGCAAAAGGAGAGAGAGGAACAUCAGAGAUUGCUACAGGAAACGGCUACACUGGCGAGAGAUUUACGACAAACUUUAUUUGAAAUUGAGAGGGAACGUUCCAAAGAACGAUUGGAGAAUAAAAGACGACAAGAUCAAUUGAAGAAAGUGUACGAUGAAGAAAAAGAAGAAAGUAAGAAGAAAUUGUUAGAGUUGCAAUGCGAUUUGCUUGAAUUAAGAGAUGCUCAUGCAAAACUGAGAACCAGCAAUGAAAAAAUGAGACGUGAAAAAGAACGGCAUGAGAAGGAAAGAGAAGAGCUUAAAGAUGUAAUUUUGAAAAAAUGUAAACAAGAACAGAUUGAAUUAAAAAAUAUUAAUGUGUUAAUGCAACAAGUCAAUGACUUAAUGAAACUUUUCCCUGAAUUGAAUGGUAUAACAGAAAAUGGAACUGCGAAUAUUUAUACACCGACUCCACCUAGACGACUAAAGGGACCAAAAUCGAGAGAGUCAUCACCAAUGUUGGAUGCAAAAAAUGAUAUAAGAGGUUCAAAUUCUCAACUUGGUGAGCGAACAGAAAAAUUAGAAUAUACUGUAAAAAAAUUAAUGGAUGUGGCAAAAGAACUGAAAGAAUCAAAAAAAUCUGCGGAUGAAGUAAAUGCAACACGAUUGAAAAAACUUGGCAAAAGAUCAACAUCCGUGGAAAGUGAUCCAGGAAAAGGUAUAACAACAUCUCGUUCAAAACCACGAUUAAAGAGAAAGAGUCUAUCUUUGGAACAAACAUCAGCACGAAAUGAAGAAUCACGCAUUUGGGGCACCGAUAGUAAUAUGUCGAGUUUGCAAUCAUUAGAAGGUUCGGAUGUUGAAGGACGAACAUUGAGUUUACAAAGAGAUUCUAGUGUUGAUAGUCGUCUUUCUACGGGUUCUACAAAGAGCGAAAUGUUGGACCGAGAAAAAAAGCACGGUAAAGGUAUAAUAAAAAAAAUUACAACCAAAUUGACUAAAUCAGCCAGUAUUGAUGAUCCAAAUAUUUCUAUGGAUCAUUCUCUUCAGACAUCAGGAUCUGAGACAAGUAUCAAUGAGAAGACUAGAGAAGAAAAGAAAAAUCUAAAGAAAAAGUUAACAGACAUGUUUAAAAGAGGUUCAAGAAGUGGCAGUAUAGAGAAGAAGAUAAGCUCUAAUAAUAGUAGACCAGAAUCAAGAAAUUCCACAACUUCGAAUAAAUGAUUCAGUCAUAAAUUCUAAAAUAUAGCA